AUCGAGGUGGCAGUAGCAGUCAGGCGGUCAAGAGAUUAGAUUUCUCGUCAACGAGUCGUGUUCGUUUUCGUUUGUUAAAAAAAGUAAAAUAAUAGUGAGCAAUAAUGAAUAAAACGAUUGGGAGCCAUCAAGCGCUCCAGGAGCAUAUCCUGGCUGUCAAAAGAGACUUCAUCGCACAACCACGACUUGUUUACAAAACCGUCUCUGGUGUAAAUGGACCUCUCGUUAUCCUAAAGGAUGUUAAAUUUCCUAAAUUUGCUGAAAUUGUUCAACUUAAACUUGCUGAUGGCUCCAUUCGAUCAGGACAAGUCCUCGAAGUGUCUGGAUCCAAGGCUGUGGUCCAAGUUUUUGAAGGAACAUCUGGCAUCGACGCAAAAAACACUCUCUGUGAAUUUACUGGGGAUAUUUUGAGAACUCCUGUAUCUGAAGACAUGCUUGGUCGUGUAUUUAAUGGAUCUGGAAAACCUAUUGACAAAGGACCGCCCAUUCUCGCGGAAGAUUACCUUGAUAUCCAAGGUCAACCUAUUAAUCCUUGGUCACGUAUUUACCCCGAGGAAAUGAUCCAAACUGGUAUUUCUGCUAUCGAUGUUAUGAACUCUAUUGCCAGAGGCCAAAAAAUUCCUAUUUUUUCUGCUGCUGGUCUUCCUCAUAAUGAGAUUGCUGCACAAAUUUGUCGCCAAGCAGGUCUUGUUAAAGUUCCUGGAAAAUCAGUUUUAGAUUCUCAUGAAGACAACUUUGCUAUUGUUUUCGCUGCUAUGGGAGUUAACAUGGAAACUGCUCGAUUCUUCAAGCAAGAUUUUGAAGAAAAUGGUUCUAUGGAAAAUGUAUGUUUGUUCUUAAACUUGGCGAACGAUCCCACAAUUGAACGUAUUAUUACUCCUCGUUUGGCUUUAACUGCUGCUGAGUUUUUGGCUUAUCAAUGUGAGAAGCACGUAUUAGUUAUUCUCACAGACAUGUCCUCAUAUGCUGAGGCUCUUCGUGAAGUAUCAGCUGCUCGUGAAGAAGUACCGGGACGACGUGGUUUCCCAGGUUACAUGUACACUGAUUUGGCUACAAUCUACGAACGCGCUGGACGUGUUGAAGGUCGUAAUGGAUCUAUUACUCAAAUUCCCAUUCUCACUAUGCCUAACGAUGAUAUUACUCACCCUAUUCCUGAUUUGACGGGUUAUAUUACGGAGGGACAGAUUUAUGUUGAUCGUCAACUUCACAAUAAACAAAUCUAUCCACCUGUCAAUGUAUUACCUUCACUUUCACGUUUGAUGAAGUCUGCUAUUGGUGAAGGCAUGACCAGGAAAGAUCACUCUGAUGUUUCUAAUCAAUUGUAUGCUUGUUAUGCUAUUGGAAAAGACGUUCAUGCCAUGAAAACUGUCGUCGGAGAAGAAGCUUUAACUCCUGACGAUCUUCUUUAUCUUGAAUUCUUAUCGAAAUUCGAAAAGAAUUUCAUUACCCAAGGCAGCUACGAAAAUCGAACAGUUUUUGAAUCCCUCGAUAUUGGCUGGCAACUUCUGCGUAUCUUCCCUAAGGAGAUGCUGAAACGUAUUCCUGCCAGCACCCUCGCCGAAUUUUAUCCGCGAGACUCGCGUCAUUAAAUAUAAGUAAUUUUAAUUAAUUUAUAAACUGUUAUGAAAAUAACUAUAACACGACUUCUCUAAAAUCAUGUUAUAUUUUGUCUGAUUUGAAAAAGCUUUUAGAGAUAUUGUAAUGAAGAAAAAAUGAAACAGAAGUCGUAAGUUAUCAUCUUUGGAUCCUGUAUAAUAUAACGAUUAAGUUAUAACAUAAAGAGUGUUUGCGUAAUUAAACAAUAUUCUAUAUAAAAAUUAUGUUAAUCAUAUGAUCCAGAAUAGAAUGUCUUUUAUCAAUUGUUGAUGGCAAACACUUACAAAAUGUUUAAUCGUUAUUAUUUUCAGGAAUUUUAUUAAUGUAAAUUGUAAUAUAUUGUUCAGUAUUAUCAUAAGAAAUGUAAUAGAAACCUGCUCCUAUUCGAACUAGUGUCCUACAUUCCAUGUUAAAAUUUAUACAUAAUCCGUUGUCGAUUUAUCGAUAAAAAUAUCAAUUGACUUAAAGCUACAUAUUAUUAUUGAAUUUGGUUUUCAAUACAGCUUGACAAAAAACAAUUGCGGAAUACUUGGGUUUUAUAUAUAAAAAGGAGCUCAUCUAUCCGCUUAUGAUAAUGCUUGCCCAUAAAUUAACUCAAUGAAAAAUUCUAGAAAAUGUUUAAAAA